UCACAAUGGCUCAGAACGUUCAGAGUGUUACAUUGUCUCUCACGCUGCCCAUCACUUGCCACAUUUGCCUGGGAAAGGUCCGCCAUCCUGUCAUCUGUGCCAACAAUCAUGUCUUCUGCUCCAUUUGUAUUGAAGUAUGGCUGAAGAACAACAGCCAGUGUCCUGCUUGUAGGAUUCCCAUCACCCCUGACAAUCCUUGCAAAGAGGUCCUAGGAGGAACGAGCGAAAGCAACCCGGUGUUUAGCCCUGCCAUCCGAAAACAGCUUCGCAAAACCAGACUGGAGAUACUGCACAAAGAAUAUGAGGAUGAGAUAGAAUCACUACAGAAAGAGUUGGAAACUCUGAAAGGAGAAAACCUCAGCCUGGAGUCCCAGCUCAAAUCUGUCCUACAUCCUGAGACCCUGCAGGUGCCAGAGAGAACUCAGGAGAGUCCACAGCCCUCGGACAAUGAGCACAAAGUGGACGCUGAGACUUUGGCAGCAUGGACCCAGAAGCUGCAGGCUGCAAAUGACAUGUAUGAGAAAGUGAAGGAGGACAUGGAAAAAUUAAUGGAGGUGAAUAAAAAACUGAGGCUUGAAAAUGGUAGCCUUGCGAGAGAGAACCUGCAGCUGAAGGCUGAGGUUGGAAGCCGAUCACCCCAGAGGUUAGGGAGGUUCACCAUGGCAGCCCUUCAAACCAGGCUGGAGCAAUGUGAGCAGGAAACGAACCGUCUUAAGAAGGCGUUGGAAAGGAGUGAUGCCUACAUAGAAGACCUGGAGUCACAGAUCGCACAGAUGAAGCGGGAAUGGGACCAGAGGAAAAGCACAAGCCCGGAAAAUGUAACUGCCGCCUCCAUGGAGGAUAAAGACUGUGAAAGUCCUCCCAGCAAGGCUUCCCCAAGCCCUCAAGAACCCAUAGAUCCAACUUGUUUAUGCGCUAGUCAUAGCCCUAGCGAUCUUGAGGAGCCAGCAGGACUUUUAGGGACCAGCAAUGAUGUCUGCUUAAAUUCAGCUAGCCAGGCUUGUUCGGAUGAUCCGGUUACCCCAGGGUCUGCUGGAAGAGAUGUUUUCCGAAGCUCUCAAGAGGGUCUUUUGGAUAUUGGCAGCUCUGACAUGGAUACCUGUUCGGAGCCAGCCUGGGAUAAAAUUGAGGACUGUGCACCCUACAAAGAAGAACUCUACGAUCUUCCGGAUCCGUGCACUCCGUUGUCUCUCAGUUGCUUGCAGUUAAACACUCCCAAUAAUAAGGACGACCCGGCGGCGAAAGAGGAAACCUCGAGUGAGCCGUCAACCUUCCUAAGGAAAUUGGAAUUUGAGGACUUCGGAGAGGCUUCCGACGACGGUAACAAAGAUUCCCCAGAGCACAGCGUAAGCAGCUGCGAGAGUAGCGAACGCAAGGAAGGUUGCUUCUCUUCAGACAAGCCAGACUUUUGGAACAGGUGCCAGCCACAUUAUGGCGAGAACCUGGACUUCGAAGGUUCGGAACCCAACACGGCCACCAGUGACUCUGCAGAGUCUUUAUCCAAAUCAAGCGGAAAAAGCCAUACUCCGGGCGUGCUGAAAAAACUGCACGCGGUUCGUUCUUCCGAAAUGAAUCGCACCCGGACAUCUAGCGAGGCGUCUAUGGACGCGGCGUACCUCGAUAAGAUUUCUGAACUGGAUUCCAUGAUGUCGGAGUCGGACAACAGCAAGAGCCCCUAUUACACCUCCAGGUCUUCUUCUGACCUGGAUAAUUCUUGCAAGACCACCCAGUGUCCCGAUCACUUAACCGAAAACGGGAAGAACGAAAAGGAAAGGAAAGAGCCGCGUCCUCUGAAGAGUCCUCUCAGCGGGGAUCCUUCAGAAGAGGGGAACGAGUGGAAAUUUGCGACUUUUUCCAUCCUUUCUCCAUCGUCGCUAGAAACCGCGGAGUCUUUCCCGCUGUUUGCAGGCCGGACUUCUGAAACGAGUGAAAUAAAGCCUCAGAGCUUCUUAUUCCAAAGAGAGCUUUCCCCAAGCUUUCUUUUCAACAGCUCUCAAGGACCUUUUGACGAGCAUAAACUGGGCUCCUCUCUCUUUAAGAUGGCUCCUGAGCUUCAAAACCUCCACAACCAACUCCAGUCUCCUUGGUCUUCAUCGUUCGUACCCGACAGAAAAGCCAAAAGCAUCCAUUCAUCGGCCAAAAGGAAAAUUCAGAGCAGCCUGUCCAGUGCAAGUCCAUCAAAAACCACCAAGAACUGAUUUGUUAUGUC